CAUACGCUUCCAUGACUUUUGCUGCCUCACUGCCCUUUUCUGGGCCUUCUCCACAACCUCAUCCAAAUUCAAAUUCAAACCCAAAAUCAUUGAAACCCCUCGAUCAAAAACAAAUAAUCUCACUGUUGCAGAGAUCCAAACACAUCAACCAAGUCCUCCCAAUCCAUGCUCAACUCAUCAGAAAUGGCCAUUCCCAAGACCCCUUCAUGGUCUUUGAGCUCCUUCGCUCAUGCUCCAAGUGCCAUGCUAUUGACUAUGCCUCCAGGAUUUUUCAAUACACUCACAACCCAAAUGUCUAUCUCUACACUGCUCUCAUUGAUGGCUUUGUGUCAUCAGGAAACUAUCUUGAUGCCAUUCAGCUGUAUUCCAGAAUGCUCUAUGAGUCAAUUCUGCCUGAUAAUUACUUAAUGGCCUCCAUUUUGAAAGCAUGUGGCUCCCAAUUGGCUUUGAAGGAAGGGAGAGAGGUCCACAGCCGGGCUUUGAAGCUGGGGUUCAGCUCAAACCGUUUGGUGAGGUUGAGGAUCAUGGAGUUAUACGGAAAAUGCGGGGAAUUGGGAGAUGCACGUCGGGUAUUUGAAGAAAUGCCUGAAGAUGUUGUCGCGUCCACUGUGAUGAUCUCCUCUUAUAGUGAUCAGGGACUGGUUGAGGAAGCCGGUGCCGUUUUUAGUCGGGUCAGGAGAAAGGAUACGGUUUGUUGGACAGCGAUGAUUGAUGGCUUUGUGAGAAAUGAAGAGAUGAAUAGAGCUUUGGAGGCGUUUAGGGGAAUGCAAGAGGAGAAUGUGAGGCCUAAUGAGUUCACCAUUGUUUGUGUGUUAUCAGCCUGUUCGCAGUUGGGAGCAUUGGAGAUUGGGCGAUGGGUUCACUCAUACAUGAGGAAGUUUGAAAUUGAGCUCAAUCUUUUUGUGGGCAAUGCCCUGAUUAACAUGUAUUCACGGUGUGGCAGCAUAGAUGAAGCACAAACAGUGUUUGAUGAGAUGAAAGAUCGUGAUGUCAUCACUUACAAUACCAUGAUUUCUGGACUUUCCAUGAAUGGGAAGAGCAGACAAGCUAUUGAAUUGUUUCGGGUAAUGAUUGGGCGAAGGCUUAGACCAACUAAUGUUACCUUUGUUGGUGUCCUAAAUGCAUGCAGUCAUGGAGGUUUGGUUGAUUUCGGAUUCAAGAUAUUUCAUUCCAUGACAAGAGAUUACGGGGUUGAACCACAGAUUGAGCACUAUGGAUGCGUGGUUGAUCUUCUUGGUCGGGUUGGUCGCCUUGAGGAGGCUUAUGACUUAAUUAGAACGAUGAAGAUGACACCAGACCAUAUUAUGUUGGGGACUUUGCUAAGUGCUUGUAAAAUGCAUAAGAACCUUGAAUUAGGUGAGCAGGUUGCAAAAGUAUUGGAGGAUCGUGGACAGGCAGAUUCAGGAACUUAUGUUCUGUUGUCACAUGUAUAUGCUUCAUCUGGGAAAUGGAAAGAGGCAGCACAAGUGAGAGCAAAGAUGAAGGAGGCUGGAAUGCAGAAGGAACCUGGUUGCAGUUCCAUUGAAGUGAACAAUGAGAUUCAUGAGUUCCUUUUGGGAGACCUAAGACACCCUCGGAAGGAAAGAAUUUAUGAAAAGUUGGAGGAGUUGAACCGACUACUAAGACUGGAAGGAUACCAUCCAGAGAAGGAGGUAGUUUUGCAGGAUAUUGAAGAUGGAGAAAAGGAAUGGGCUUUAGCAAUACACAGUGAGAGGCUUGCCAUAUGCUAUGGCCUAAUUUCGACUGAACCAUGUACCGUGAUUCGGGUCAUGAAGAAUCUAAGAGUAUGCUAUGACUGCCACUCAGCUAUCAAACUCAUUGCUAAAAUUACCAGGAGAAAGAUUGUGGUGAGAGAUCGGAAUCGGUUCCAUUAUUUUGAAAAUGGGGCUUGUUCUUGUGGAGAUUAUUGGUGAAAUAAAUUGCUUUAUAGUUCCUUUCAAA